AUGAAUGUGGAUACCAUUUUUCACUAUUUAAUAAUACCGUUGAUCAGGUUCCCUGGGCUAGUAGUUCCUUUCCUUCCUUCGCUCGGUAUUUAUACUUGGAGAACAUGGUUAUUCUUAUGUGGAGUAUAUUCGCUUUCAUUUGAAUCCUUGUUAAGAUUAAAUAGUUUCUUUAAAACCAAAGGUAGCCGUAGAUGGUUGCCCAUUGAUGAGUUGGAAAGUCCAUAUGCAGUUAUUACUGGUGGUAGCAAUGGAUUAGGUCACUCUAUCAUACUUGAGCUAUUAUCAAAAUUUCCCAGGUUGAAAAUAAUCAAUGUUGAUUUAAGUCCGUUUCCUGGAGGAAACGAGAAUGUCCUUGGCUUUCAUUGCAACUUGGCUGAUGUAAAAGAUGUCGAAUUGACGUUACAAAAUAUCAAACAAAGGUACGGGAAACAGAUAUGUCUUUUAAUUAAUAAUGCUGGAACAAGAAUGAAGUUCAAAGAAUUUAAGAAUUUGGAUCCCUCAAUUCUUCAAGAUAUAAUGCAAGUUAAUGCAUUGUCACCUGUACGAUUUAUUCAAGAACUUGCGCCUGAGAUUGAUUCUGAUCAACAAUGUUACAUUGUUAAUGUAGCGAGCACACUAGGGAUAUUAACUCCAGUGAAAGUGGCUGGUUAUUCAGCUAGUAAAGCUGCAUUAAUAGCAUUCCAUCAAUCGUAUUCCUUUGAACUCCAGAUGAGAGGGGUAUCCAAUAUCCGUACUCUAUUGAUUAUUCUAGGACAAUUGAAUACAACAAUGUUUGGUGGAUUUGAACCGCCUAGACAAUUUUUUGCGCCGAUAGUCUCUACAGAAUCAGUUGCUCAGAAAAUUGUUAGGAAAUGUCAAGUUGGUGAACGAGGUGAAAUUAAUGAACCGUUUUAUUCAAAUUGGGCCCAUAUUCUUAUGAAUAUGCCAUUUAUGAUCCAAACCCUUGUUCGAAAGCUAGCAAAGAUAGAUGAUUGUCUUCCUACUGAAGGCUCCUAA